AUGACAGUGCUGCACUCUGCUGUUACUAAAAUAAAAUAUCUUGUUGAACAUGGCGCUGAUGUAAAUGGCAAGGAUACAUACGGAUGGACAGUGCUUCAUUAUGCUGUUACUAAAGGUACGCUAGAAAUAGUAAAAUAUCUUGUUGAACAGGACGCUGAUGUAAAUGGCAAGGAUAAAUACGGAUGGACAGUACUGCACACUGCUGUUACUGAAGGUACGCUAGGAAUAGUGAAAUAUCUUGUUGAACAGGGAGCUGACGUAACUUUGAAAAGUAAAAUCAGCGUUCAUACUCUUGGCAUUGACAUAAUUAAGAUGGCAGUUAUGAAAAAUUCAGUUGUUUUGCUCAAUCUUCUGUUGGAAAAGAACAUUGCUGUGUGGAGAGCUGGACCAUUUCUUGUCGAAGGAAGACAAAUGAGUCUUCUUGAAUGGAGUAUUCACCUUGGUCAUGACGAAAUUACAACUAUCCUCAAAAGGUCCUUAAAUCAUCGUGAGAAGAUUCAGAUGUUGAGAACAAUGAAUUGCAACAAGUUAGAAGAGACUGAAAUAUCGAUGCAGGCUUUUGUCGCAGACAAUCAAUUCAAAAUUGGCGGUGGUGGUUUUUCUCGUGUCUAUGUUGGUCUCAUGAAGGAUGGAAGUGAAGUUGCUGUUAAGAGAAUUUUGGUGCAAAGUGAGGAUGAAACAGUUGAAAACGAAAAGGAAAUCAUGAGUCUCAUUGAAACAAGCGGCUCCCCAUUUAUAGUGAAAUAUCGACAUUUCCACCGUGACGAUCCUUUCAUGUAUCUUAUUGUUGAUCUUUGCGAAGAAACUUUGAGGGAACUUGUUCAUGCAUGCAGUAUUAAACAUCUAAAAAAGCAAGGUCCACAAAUGAUUAGGGAAAUUCUAUCCGGACUUGAAUUUCUUCAUGGUAAAGGAAUAUUGCACAGAGAUCUAAAACCAUCAAACGUCCUGGUUGAUAACGAAUGUCGUAUGAAAUUGGGAGACUUUGGAAUAAGCCGCGUUCUAAAUGAAGAUGAAACGACAGUUGAAACUGAUGCUAAAGGUACUUCAGGAUGGAUGCCACCGGAAGUAAUUGAAGCAAUAGUUAAAAAAGAGAAAGGUCGUUUAGACAAAGAUGAAAAAGGUCGUUUCAAAAAGAAAUCAGAUGUCCACGUCGCGGGUAUGAUUGCUUUCUUCAUCUUAACCAAAGGUGAACAUCCUUUUGGUUCUUCGUUAGAACGAAUGAAAAAUAUUUUGGAGAACAAUCCUGUCAAUUUGGAGAAACUAGGUUACCGCGAAGCUCGUAGGUUUGUGUCGUGGCUGAUUAGUCACAAGAUUGAUGAUAGACCUCACGCUCACGAAGCAUUGAGGGAUUCCUUAUUUAGCAACACCACAACGAACACAGCGAGCAAUUAGACAACCAACCACGACGUUUGUUUGAAAUGAUGAAUCUAUCCUAGUUCUUAGCCCAAGUUUGUCCUUGAAAGAAGAAUUUGGAGCGACACAAGGAUGACAGAACAUAGCUAAUUUUAAAGUAAUUAUCACAAUAGUAUAGUAGAGGGGGGAGGGGGGACAGCACAAGUUUGUCCUUGAAGGGGAAAUUUGGAGCGACAAAAAUUCGACAGAAGGGCGACAGAACCAGUCGCAUCAAGCGACAAUAAAGCAACGCCGCGGAUUUGUAUUUCGUAGACGGUCUGUAGCAACUUUGAUGGUCGGUAGCAUCAUUUACAGCUUCGGAAGUCGCCGUGUAUCUCGCGACACUUUCUGAAGCCUUUCGUCAAAGUCGAUAUCACGUUGAAUACUGUUUAAGGUGGUUUGAUAAUUUGCGAGGUUGUUUUAUCGAGGUGAUUCUCGAUCCUAUGCCAAUUAGUAUAGGUAAUAGCAUGGUUUCGAGUGCAGUUUGGAUAUAACAUGCACGAGUGAGUUUUUCAAAGACCCCUCAAAAUAGCACGAGUCCGAAGGCGAAGGACCAGUGCUAUUAAUUUUGACGUAUUUGAAAAACUCAGGAGUGCAUGUUAUAUCCAAAUUUCACAAGAAACCAUGGUAUUAUUAAUAAUAUAUAUAUACAGAAAUUGCACUGUUACCUUUUUACACAACGUGUUGUU